AUGCCGGACUGUCAGGACAGCGGGGCCAAAGGAACCCCCAUCCAUACGAAGAUCUCCUUCUCCAUUUUAGACAUCCUGGAUCCUCAGAAAUUCACCAGGAAAAGCAAUCCGUCGGCAGGGAGAAGGGAGAGCAUCCCGCCCGCGGGACAGCGGGAGAAAAGUUUGGGAAGAGUUGAACUAGAAAGGAAUCCAAGCAGCAAAAGGAAUAAACUAGAGGCGUAUCAUGAUGCGGACGGCAGCGGAGAGAGCCCGGCGGCCGCCCUGGAGGCAUCGGAACAAGACGAGCCCGGCCAGGACAGGAGCCACUUAGCCACCGCGGCCGGCUCCGCUCCGCUCCACUCGCCUGGCGACUUCCCUCCCUCCUCCUCGUCGGAUCUGGACGAGCCCGGGUCGCCGCGAUCGUCCAAGAGGCGUCGGGCUGAGCCCAGUUGCGCCAAGCCUCGGCGGGCCCGGACGGCCUUUACGUACGAGCAGCUGGUGGCCUUGGAGAACAAGUUCAGGGCCACGCGGUACUUGUCGGUGUGCGAGCGCCUCAAUCUAGCCCUGUCGCUUAGCCUGACCGAGACACAGGUCAAAAUCUGGUUCCAGAACCGAAGGACCAAGUGGAAGAAACAAAACCCCGGCGUCGACGGUACGGGGCAGCCGGGAAGCAACGCGAUGCCCCCAGGAGGCGGCGGCGCCGGCGGAGCCUGUGGUGGUGGGCGAGGCGGCAGCCCUAGUCCGCCAGGCCCCAGCGCCCUGGCCUACCAGACUUUCCCCUCCUUUGCGCCCGCCAGUGUCCUCUUUCCAGCGGCUGCUCCUCUUCCCCUGGCAGGAGGGGGACCCUUCCCUUCUUUCCUUAGCCCCACAUAUCUGGCCCCAUUUUAUACCCCUCACCUAUAAAAGGGCUUCCAGACGUUCCUGCCGAGGAGGGAAGCGAACCGGAUUGUGUUUAAGCAAGGGAAGAACAAAAUCCAGUUCUCGAAAGAGUCUCUUCACUUCACCUUAUGCGCUGAAAUUGUUGUCCUAAGAUCUUAUGUAAGAGCAUGUCCUCUAAUCAGUCACCCUAUGAUCACUA